UAGUAGCGUCCGCGCCUCUUAAAGGUUCUUUCCUCUCCGCAUUGCCAGGGUACGCUCCAUUGCCUCAUCUGGGGAAGCCGCCCCUCCCCUGUCGUAUAGGGCUGCCCUUUUCCGCAUCUGUGGAGAUUGCUAUCGCAGCUCCGUGUGGUACAACGCGACGCGGUCUGUCGAUCCGGACGUUGUUGAGAUAGCCGUUGCUUCCGCCCAAAGCCAAUCCGAUGAGUAAAGGAUCUUCGAUGCAGCAUCCAAGCUAUGCACCUCGCCGCUGCUGUUUCAUGGUCUUCUCACCGCUUUUUCUUCUAAGCGAUGCUCCAGUGAAAGACCAGAAACUGUGUGUUGAGCGAGAGCAGCAAUUACCCAUUGGCUAUCGCAACGGCGGCGGUUCCUGCAGAAGAGGAUGGCCUGCGAGGUUGGUUGACAGCCAGCGAAGUGAACGCAACCAAUUGGGGAUGCAGCAAGCUUGGACUCGCUGUAGUUACACAACCUUACUCAACAACGCAGGCAAACUUCUCGGCUGCGCUCGCAUCAAGGUUGUUCUUGUGCACUGCAGGCUCGAUCGCGCAUUUUGGCUAUUCUGGUCCAGCAUUUCAACAUGCGCAUGUUGCCAUGCGGCGCCGCAGUACCUACUGGCUUUAUGCAGCAAGUUGGGGUGUAAUGUGAGCAAAUGACUGCGGACCCAAAGAUGAGAAAAUAUCAAUGCCUGAGUAGCGUCCAUAAUGGGAUGAGCGUUGCGAUUGCGCUUGUCACGAUAAGAUCGGCAGAUGCGUAUCUCCGGCGGCUUCAGUCGCUC